UAAUAAGUAAACUCUAAGCCACCAAACUUUGCCACCUACUGCCACUAACAUUCUGCUGUCUCCUUUUCCUCUAAAUUUUAAACAAUAGUUUCUUUUAUACAACUAGACAUUCCUGACAGAUAAAUGACGGUUUUUUUUCUCUACUGAUAUUUACUUUCAAGAAAGUCAAAUCUUUAUCAGGAGUUGACAAUUCUUCUGCAAAAGGAUUCUCCUCGUCAAACUCCUGACCCUUUCAGUCGCUGUUCACUUCAAAUAGUGAUUUAAAUGCAACUGGACUUCAAAUCCCAUUUCGUUGAUUGGGUGCUGAAGAUUUUUUUAGUAAUCCUAGAUAAGGACAAGCACGAUGGGACAGAGAAAAAUAGAGAGGCUGCUAUUGUUUAUUCAUUUUCCCAUUAUUAAUGUGAUUUAGCCUUUGGGUUUCUUUUUAAUGUUUGAGAAGUGGCAAAGAUACAGAAAUGGAGUUGUCUCUUUAUGGGAAUGACCUUUGGACGUCGUCAAAGGUCAAGUCUGCAACUCAGCUUCGAGUAUUUUUUUCAAGCCUCUGCCAUUCUUUCAUAACUUUUCCCCAAAUCUCAUUCCCCUCCAAAUGGUGUCUUUGUCAGAUUCACGUUUGAAUUUACAUUGCAUGCUAUUAAUAUAUUGACAAUAUUCUAUUUUCUAUAUAUUUUUAUUUUAUAUCACGAACUUCGUUUUGCGGCUUUUGCCAUACUUUCUCUGUUUCUCUCGAUCUUCCCCAUAUUUUGUCGCCAAAUAUCCAAAAAACGUCAGGUUGAGAUAGAACUACAGAGGGUUGGACGUGGGUCAAGGGUAGAAUCCGGAAUGAGCCUGCAAUUGAAGCCAAUUCAUCACCACCUCCACCACCAUGGCGGCCACCAUUGCCCCAAGCCGUAUAAACCCAGUUACCGAGAAAAAAUCCAAGCUCCAUCCGCAUGCAUGCUCAACCAUUCAUUCGUUUCGUUGCUGCCGAUUUGCCAUUUAUUGAAUGGAAAACGAGGGAUUUCCGUUAGGUCGCUGGGAUUAUUCAACGAUUGGAGAAGAAGACGAAGCAGGGGCAGCGACGGAAUCGGUCACCGGAGUAUUGUGGCGUCCAGCAUUGCUGGGACACCGGUUUCAGAUGAGUCAAAACCAGAGAAAGGCUUUGUUUCUCCUCCCCUCAGUGACAUCCUUUGGCCUUCUGCAGGGGCAUUUGCAGCAAUGGCAUUGCUGGGGAAAAUGGAUCAGAUUCUAGCGCCAAAGGGGCUUUCUAUGACAAUUGCACCAUUAGGAGCCGUCUGUGCUGUCCUGUUCGCAACACCCUCAGCCCCUGCAGCUCGAAAAUACAACAUUUUCAUGGCUCAGAUUGGGUGUGCGGCAAUUGGGGUUUUGGCGUUCACUUUGUUGGGGCCUGGAUGGCUGGCUAGAAGCUCUGCUUUGGCUGCAUCAAUGGCGUUUAUGAUCUAUACUGGUUCGACGCACCCACCAGCUGCAAGUUUGCCGAUACUGUUCAUCGAUGGAGCUAAGAUGCAACAGCUCAAUUUCUGGUACGCUCUGUUUCCCGGUGCCGCCGGCUGUAUUCUCCUUUGCUUAAUACAAGAGCUAGUGGUGUUGUUGAAGGAGAAGAUCAAAUUUUGAAGUGUGGGAGAAAGAGUUGAACAGCCAUUAUUGAAGGUCUCUCAUAGCCUUAUGAUCUGAUGGAAGAAAACUAAUUCAUUCCCCCAAACCAAAUAUUUUGGACCCAUCUUCAUAAAUUCAACCUCACACACACCACAUUCAAUCAAUUGCCUCUUCAUUCAUUCUUAAUUUAAAGUUGUAAAUUUCACCCCCCCCCCCCCCCCCCCACCCACCAUACUUUGUGUUUUUGUUUUUGUAUCACUAAAAGGUUUCUUGCUUUGGGUUAUGAAAGUAUGAUGUGAUAAGUUCUUUUUUUCCUCAAAA